GUUACUCCGAACUUUGAUCAUGGAUGUUCUGUCUACACUCAAUUCAUUCAAAUUUGAAAGGACUUUGAACGAAGAGCCCGAAAAGAAAAGGAUAACCUUGCUCGGGACAUUUCCCGUCUCCUGGUCGCUGACCCGUCCAGACGGUACCGAGACCCGCGGAAUUGAAUAUACAUCAAAGAACCUGAGGGCUAUCAUUCGCAUCGAAAAGACCGCUUUCGCUCCAGAGCUUGCCAAACUUUUCUUCCACUCCGAGUCUGAGCGGCCGACGAUCGUCACCAGCGUGAAGCUAAUCCAAUCAACCGACAUCUACUCGUGGCUCGCGGGUUGGCUAUCACCCUCAGAGGAGCACCAACGGCAGGGGGACGUUAAAAUUGACAUCAUAUGCCCCGCCACAGACGAUCAUGUUUGGAAGUAUUCCCCGCAGAAAUCUACCCUCGUACGUGAGACGCCAGAACUAUAUGCCAGCGUAGUGAGACCUUACAUCAACACCUUUCCCCCCGCUCGGACACGCUGGGUAACAAAAAUCCUCUCCGGGGAAGCUGAACAAGAGGCCGUGUUGUUCUCUUCUUCAGAAUUUAUCUUGCUGCCCGACAUGAAAUGGGAUCUACACACCAUUAGCAGCCUAUACUUAAUCGCGAUCGCGCGAGAUCCUGCCAUUCACAGUCUUCGCGAUCUGCGUCUUGGGCAUGUUCCCCUCUUGAAAUCCAUUCGGAAGGAGGCCUAUCGAGUCGUUCAAGAGAAAUGGGGAUUGCCGACGGGUUCACUUAGGAUGUGGAUCCAUUAUCAACCCAGUUACUAUCAUUUCCAUGUUCACAUCGCCAAUGCAGGCUAUGAAGGCCCUGCAUUUGGUAUGGCUGUUGGGCAGGCACAUCUUUUGGACGAUGUCAUAUCUCUGCUCGAGACCACGGCCGCAAGUGGCAUCGAUAUUCUGGAGCACAUGACAUUUACUUAUGGACUGGGGGAACAACAUGGUCUCUACAGGCCGAUGAUCGAAGCACAAGGCAGUCUGGUGAAAUGAUUUCCAAUUCGACCGUGACGAAAGACAAGUGUAAAUAAGGGCAUAGAGAAUACUAUGUAGGAUACAGAUGGUAGGGAGGUUACUGAGUACUAGUACUGGAUAAGGUCUCUUGAUACAUGUUAUAGUCCGCAAGAAAAUAGAAUAAAAAAG